AUGGGUAUGUUCAAACGUAGACGUGGUGGACGCCGACCACAUGGUCCUCCUGGAUUUGGAGGUGAAGGUCCAAUGGGUCCGAUGGGAAAAGGUGAAUUCGGCGGAAAAGGAGGAUUCGGUGGAAAAAAAGGAUUCGGUGGCUUUGGUGGUCAGCGAGGAAUGGGUGGAGAAUUCAGAGGAAUGAUGGAUAGUCAACAAGGUGGGCGAGGUAGGCGAGGUGGCUUUGGUGGACCAGGUGGAAUGAUGGGUGGACAACGUGAUCAGGAAUUCGGAGGACAACAAGGAGGACGGAGCAGCCCAGUCUUCGAUCAGAAUCAACUUGUUGAUCCUUUCUACGAAUAA